AUGGGAACACCAACCUCCCAGGGCACCGUGCCAAAGCGCAAAGCAGUCAACGCUGCCGACUUACCGCCUUCGAUCCGGUCGAGGCGAUUGAAAGACAAGAUGGGCUGUGUCGAGGAGACCAAACGCAAAGGACGUCCGACUUACCCACGCGCCUCUCUCCUUGGUCUCCCAGCAGAGCUACUCAACCGCAUCUAUCGCGACGUCCUAGUCGAAGAUUUCAAGAUCGCAAUUAUUGAGACAAACAAACCGCAAUAUCCUGGUCUCGUCGCAGUCUGUCGCAAGACCUACAUGGAGUCCCGCCUCAUCUUCCUCGAGGAGAACACUUUCAGCGUCUACUGCUAUGAUUUGAAAAAUCCAUUGCCGCGCCAGCCGACCUCCCACUGGAUCUGCCACCCCACAGCGACCCGAUUCGGGGUCUACGAGGGUUCGUUGAAUUGGAGGAAUCUCAUGGAGUGGGUCAAGCUGUGGCAUGAGGGGAAGGCUAUGAGAGCCCCGAAGCCCAGUCUGCUGAGUGGCGGUAGGUUGAUGCCGAAAUUGGCGUCGGGGAGUUUUAGUACUGUGGAGGCAAUGGGCAAGGUCGAGUGGAGUACGAUGGAGCGGGUUCUUGAGGGGGUCAGGAUGGCAUUGGAGGAUGUUGGAGUCGCUUUUGGUUACAUGUAG